AUGAGGUACAAUAUUCUUAACCGUCAAAAUGGAUUAAUCCGGACAGCAGAGCAUUUCAGAGCCGUGGAGUUCUUCAUCAGGGACAAGUACGAGAGGAAGAAGUACUACGACAAAAAUUCUGUCAAUGGAGCCAUUAAGUCCUCUGAUGCUGCUUUGCCCUCAGUAUCGUCUCCUUCUUCGCAAGCAGCUGAGAAAAGCAAACUGGAGAGGGAGAGAGAGAAGAAAAAGGAGGAGAAGAAGCGAGAAAAGGACACGGAUAAAGAGAACAAGCCAGCAGUUCUGGAGAAGAAAAGAGAGGACAACCAGAUAGAUUCCAGAAUCAGUCCCAAGAAGAGUGCAGAGCCCGCCAUCGACCUGUUAGGCCUUGAUGCACCCACAGUCGGCUCUGCCAGCAGCGGGGCAGGAACAAGCAGUGCAGCUCCAAUCAGUGACGACUUAGACAUCUUUGGACCAAUGGUAUCCAACCCUCUGCCCUCCAACAGCAACACAAGCCAGGUGAGUUCCAGUAAGGCAGCUGGCAGCGCUCAGGCCAGCUCUGCCGGAGGGGCUGUGGCAGGUGCUACGGGCACAGGAAGUGCUGCUCCAGCACAGGGAGAUCUGGACCUGUUCAGCGAAACCAGCGGGAACGGCAAAGCUGAGGACUCUGCCAAGAAACCUCUCUCCAAGGACUCUAUUCUCUCCCUGUAUGGCUCUAGCACUGUCCCACAACAGCCUGCACAAGCGACGGCGAUGUUUAUGGGUCCAUCUCAGAUGCAGUUUCCUGCGCAGCCACAAGGGAACUUCCAGGCCUUUCCAGGGAUGGGAGGAGCAAUGCCACCCACUACCAUGAUGGGGGCAGUCAUGGGCCAGGGUGGCGCUAUGAUGGGCCAGAAUACAGGCAUGAUGGUUGGCAUGACGAUGCCUAAUGGAUUCAUGGGAAACGCACAGCCAGGGGUGAUGGGCUUGGCUCCAGGCAUGAUGGGACCUCAGGGCAUGGUGCCCCCUCAAAACAUGUAUGCUAUGCAGCCGGGUCAGCAAGGACAGUGGAAUAUGGCACAGAUUAACCAACAGAUGUCUGGAAUGAACCUGAACGGUUCUGGUGCUCCUAUGGCAUUUGGGCAGCCCGGUGCCCCUAUGGGCGGCUGGGUGGCUCCCCCCUCCGGUCAGACCCUCAGCACCCAGCUCUGGAAGUAAACCAAUGAGGGACGAUGGAGGACAAGAGGCAUCGCAUCCCUCCAUCUCUCCUCUCCUCCAACCACCACAACCGGCACCCAGAGUUUUAUUCAUGUACUGUCAAAUUUUCUCCCCCUUUCUCUUUCCAACCAUUACUACUCUGGAGAGCAUCGAUUCAACCUGCCCUCUGUGUAUUGAUCAAGUGAGUGAGAGUACGGUGUGCAAGAGACUGGCAGCUUUGACCAUCUUAUUUGCAAUUAUUAUUAUUUUUUCUCUUCUAUUAUUAUAUAUAUAAAUAUAAAUAUAUUUUUGGGGGGUUCAAAACACAUAUCAGCUCCAUGAAAGCUGCUGGACCAAUUAUACAGGCUUCUAAUAUAUCUUUACCAAAUCAAUAGUGAGUCAUAGUAUUUAAAAGACAAGAGGUAUGGCUAUCAUAUUUGUGACUUUCCCCUUCCUUUUCCUAACUUCUGUAGCCCGACGUCCUACAACCCCCGUAGCAGAUAUUGUAUAGACCCAUGUAAUGUAUGUAAUCAUAUGAUAGACAAACCCCUCGGCCCCUUCUCUCCGGCCUCUCAGCCCACCGCAUCCGUGUAGCUCCAUGACAAACUCCCAUCUUUACUGUGAUGUUUUAAUGUGUGCGUUACAGAGAAGCACAGUGAGUGAAAGACAAAUAAACCUGGACGACUGUACAGCUGCGAUGGCUUUUGGGGGUCAAAAGAAAGGAUCGUUGGUAUUAGCCGAACAAAAGCGCGCAGUCAAACACGUCAGUCCCGCCGCUGUAGCAGAGCUUCUAUCGUCUCAGACAGGGUCUCUCUGCUGUGCAAUAAUUUCAACAUCCCCACCGUGUCAUCCAGGUUUAUUUCUAUAAUGUGUUUACAUUUUUUCUGGUGCCUAGUACAGAGACAGAAUAUUGUUAUUUCCGUGCAUUAAACAGUGAAUAGCCAUGAA